CAUCCCGCGGCUCUCCUCCCGCCCGCCCUCCCGCCGACACCCGCGGCGGAGGAUGGCCGAGGACUCGCCGAAAAGGCGCAAGGCGAAUUUCAACGAGGCGGAGACGGAGGUGCUGAUCGAGCAGGUGCUGAAGCACGAGCAGCUGCUGUUCGCGGCGGGACCCGGCCGCGCCUCCGCGGGCCAGAAGCGGAAGGUGUGGGAACUGAUCCGGCACAAGGUGAACCCCGUUGCCGCCUGCCCCCGCGACGUGGAGGACCUGAAGAAGCGCUGGCGGGACCUGAAGCGCCGCGACCGCAGCAAGCUGUGCCGCCUCUCGCAGGGCUGCGGGCCGCCCGCGUCCCCCGCCCUCGGCCUCCUCCUGGCCCCCGAGGAGCUGCCGCCCUCCGCCGCGCCGCCCGCCCGCCGCCAGCGCCGCGCCUACGGCUCCCUGCUGCCCGCCGAGGCCGUGCCCAUCGUGGGCGGCAUCGACACGCUGGAGCUGCCCGGCGCCGUCGUGGGGGACAUGGGGUUUAAUGGCAGUCCUGGCCCAUCUCAUCAAUCCAGUCUUGAGCAGAUGAACCUCAAAGAAGAAAUAGUAGUGAAGGUGGUAGAGCCAGAAGAAAGCUCUGAGGACAUGGUAGCGGUUCCACCUAGUCAAGAACUGCCUUUUCUGGGGACAUCAAGUGGUGGUUCCUCUGGGAAAGUAAAAGCCAAAACAAAAGGCAGGUCCCAGGCAGACCAAAAUGAAAUGACUGAAGAGGACCUACUGCAGAUUCAGCAGACCCAAAUACAGGUGAUCCAGUCUGGCUUUGACAGUGUCAACCACAAUCUUCAGCUGCUGCAGCAAGGCAUGCAAGAUCUGAGUAACAGCAUCAGCAUCAUGGCACAUACACUUGUUGCUAUCAAGAACGUCUAUGUGAAAAACAACACUGGCCCAACCACACAUGCUACUGCAUCUACUCAGACCACAGCUGGGUACCUGAGCCCAGGAUCCCCCCAGCUCUCCCCUGCUAAGGACAGAGCUAGAGCACAGGUGGCUGGAAGCAGCAGCAGAAGCAGCAGCUGCAGCUCCAGCUCCAUGUCACAAGAACCAGGUCCUUCUGAGUUUCCUAGGCCCCCCCUGAGAACCAUUAAGAAAGAACAUCCAAAUGGCUGCUACUACUUCUGCUUUGCAGAUGUGUGAAAACUUGAGUAUACAUAAGAAGAUUGUAUUGUUGGGUGCUGAUGUAUGUUCUGCUCCGGCCUGUGACUUUGAAAGGAGCGAAGUGGACUUGCCUCCCAUGUUUUUCCCAGUGGGAAACAUUCUGCUAUAGGUGGCAUUAAACACUAAUUACCAGUAUCCAGUUAACUCUGUUGCAGUUGGCUAAUAAAUGUCUUUUCUUUAUCCUCUUACUCUCUUAAAAAUCCAAACAUUUAUUUUGACCAAGAUUUUUGUCUGUAUCAUCCCUUAUUUAAUGUCACCUUGUGAAAAAUAAAAGGCAUGAGAGUGAGGUAAAAAAGUAACAUUAUGGUUACUACCACCACUACAUUAUGGCUCCUACCAUCAGGAGUUAUUUUACACAAGUUACUUGGUUCUUGGAUUAAACAAACCUCAGAAAUAGCUGGGUUUUUUUUCAGUACUUCCCUUUUCUAAUAGUUAUAAUGUUUGCUUGGUUGUUUAAUUUUUUUAAGUCUGAGCUGUUCAAGGCAUCACAGGAGGAGUUGGAGAUAAUUGCUUAUUCUAGGAAUGGUCUAGGACUGAGGCAUUCUGAGGCAUUCAUGAGUAUCCUCAGAAUUCAUUGUUCAACGUGGCUGUUGUUUAUUCCUGGCUUGUCAAAUGCACCUUCUCUUCAGAGACAUUGUGUUUACUGCGCUGGCAGGGUCUUUUUUUGUCACAUGGUUAAAGCAGAGAAAUACAGAAGAAUGAGGAAUGGAUGAGUGAUGCCCGUUUCUGACAUAUAGGUUAUAUAUAGGCUGUAUCUUCAUCUCAUUUUGUAAGUCUUAUGGAAUCAGUACCACAGUAUUAUAAAUACAGAGAACAAAAA